AUGACUUUUAAAGAAUUAUAUGUGUAUAUUGUUACUGCAUUAGAAGAAAUAAAAUGUGGAGAUUCAAGCAGAGAAACAUCAAGUUUGGCUACAAUGUUAGAGUGUGCUAUAACAAAAAGUGAAUUUUUAGUUGCGUUAGAAGUGGCAGUUACUUGUUUUUCUUACACAAUAAAUUUGAGUAAAAUUUUGCAGAGUAAAAAACAAGAUUUGUCAAAAGCUUUAGCUGAUAUCACUGUAGUAAAGGGAGGUUUAGAAGCUCUUCGUGAAGAUGUUGACAGCUAUUUCAAAGAUAUAUUUAAUGAAGUGACUUCAAUUGCUACCAAAGUAAAUGUUGAAAUAAAAACACCACGUGUGUGUGGAAGACAAACAAAUAGAGUAAACAUACAAAGCAGUCCUGAAGAAUACUACCGAAUAACAAUUUUUAUUCCUUUCCUUGAUAGUAUUUUACUACAACUACAAACUAGAUUUAAUCAGCAACUGAAAGAAGUCAUAGCCCUUGAAGGGUUAAUCCCUGCCAAUUUUAGUGCAUACAAUAAUGACUCCAUAUUAAGUGCUGCAUCACUGUAUGAAAAUGAUCUUCAUGAAAAUGCUUUAAUAAACCUCAAAGCAGAAUUAACUAUGUGGCGAAACCAGUGGAAAGACAAUACAGCAGAAAAACCAGAGUCAGCUUUAGAAGCAUUACGUUAUUGUACAAAUGUAUUACCUAAUAUAAAGUUACUACUCCAGUUAUUUGCAACUUUACCGGUUACAUCAGCGACACCAGAACGUACAUUUUCAACUCUUAAAUUAUUGAAGAAUUAUUUAAGAUCAACAAUGAACGAAGAAAGACUUAAUGGGUUAGCUAUGGCAAAAAUAAACAAAUCUGAAAAAAUCACAGAAGAAGAAGUAAUCAAAGUAUUUUCAUCAAAAUCUCAUCGACGCCUCUUAUUAUUAGAUUGGUCAAAAUAA